AUGGUCGAAGGCGGUCCCCACGCGCGCGCAAGCCACCUGCUUUAUCUCUGGAUCCAAGAUGCCCUCAAUGUCGCGUGCACCGCUACCCAUACCGCGGCUACUACCAUCGCCUCCCAGCAAGCCACAGAGGCUGGAGAGCUCGACGCUUUUCUCGCAGCCCUGAAUUACAUGGGCAGUAGGAGAAUCAAGCUACCAGAAGAAUCUGUCAAGUCCCCCGACGGCUCUUUCUGGCCGACCCCGGCGCCCUGCCCGUCCAUUAUUUUCCUCGUGGCCAUGUCGCAGUCCUGGGACUCGGUGCUUGAGGAGGCGGAGAUCUACCUCACAAAUCUCUAUCCGGCCUUGGUCCGCGUUGUCGUGCUCAAGAUGUGCCAUAAGGCGCCGGACCGUGUUGUCCGCGGAGGUGACGUCCGAAUCGCUGCUGUGGAGUGUGUGGUAGCCGAGGAUGAUGACGAGGGCGGUGGUCCAACGCUCCGAGGACGCGUUGUGCUCGACAGGUUCAUUCAAAAAGACGGUCAGAUGUGCCACAAUACAUCGACAGAAGACCUCGACCUCAUCUUUGCUCUCGCAGACUUUGCGCACCGCAACGACCGCACCCGCGUCGCACGCCUCGGCAAGGUGGUCCGGCUGCCGUUUGUGAAGCUGCAAGCGCUGGUCCGCGAGAUCGAGCAUAUCUUCGCCGACGACUCGCCCAUAGACACGAAUCUCGGCCCCGAAAAAUAUCCCGGCUUGCGAAUCAAGCCCAACCUUCAACGUCCCGCCUCGUAG